UGCGUUUCCACAACACGAACACUAGAAGCGUCAUUAUAAUCACAGGCGGUUUUGGCAUUUCCUGAAAGAAACCCAACUAAAUGCGGUCAAGCAUGAAGAUACAAAUAUCAUGAGAGACCUCUUGUUUUCAGACGUUAGUUCGCGGUUUGCCUUGCUGACAUUAUAGUCUCAUUAUCGUCUGUCUUCGCGCUUGAGAACAGAGAGGUCCUGUCAAAAUGUCUCAGAUGGAGCUCCUCGUCACAAAUGUAGCUGAGCUCCUCACUGCUGCCGUACAGGAAGUGUUGCAGCUCAUGGGUCAGGCUGUGUUAGAGUAUCAGAAAGAGUCUGCCAGAGCACGCUUGGAGAACCAGAACCUCCAGCUGAAGCUCAAAGAACUCCAGGAGAGGAUGACUGGGGAUUCAAAUGAAGUCCUGAAAGUCUCUCUUCCCAUGCCUUGUUCAGCGGAGGAAGAUCAUGUACAGGAAGAUCUUUUUUAUCAUGGAGAUUCAGCUGUGAGCAAGCAGACUGAGCAGCCACAAUGUCUGAGUGACAAUCCUGUUCACAUAAAGCUGGUUUUAGAUGAGAUUACUUUAGACAGCAGAGAUCAUACUCUGCAAGGGAGCUGUGACUAUUCUUUGAAGAAGCAAAGACCCCUCUCCAGGGUAAGGAGUAGCCCUCCAAGAAGAAUCUCCCCAAACCCUUCACCUGGCAGCAGAGAGAGUCCAGCGACCAGCAACACUGAGACGCCACAGGGCUCAAACAGAAUCAAAAAGGAAUCUAAAGCAGAGCCUCUGGAAUGUUCUGUUACAGAACAAACAGUUGAUAUAACAACACAAGCUCCUGUAGUUCCCAUACAGGAUGUUCCUCUAGCAAACGAACACAGCCAGCCACCUGUCUCGUCUUUUUCCAACAGUGCUGUCCACUAUAAUCAACCUAGUAAAUUACUAAAUUCUGCUUCCAAACACAUUCUUAGGUCACGGGUGGAGAAUAUGGUCCAGACGGGAGCAAUUCACAGUACUCCAAGCAUCAGCGAGAGCAGGGAGAUUCUGCACAGCUGCCACGUGUGCGGAAAGACGUUCGCAACGUCCUCCAGCCUCGGAGCGCACUUUGUGUGCCAUUCAAAUGAGAGACCUUUUGUUUGCAAAUGCUGCAAAUUCAGGUUCAGCCGUUUAGCCGAUCUGAAAAAGCAUGAGCGCAUUCAUACAGGAGAAAGACCAUAUAACUGUUCGCUCUGUGGACGCAGAUUCAACCGAACAGAGAAUCUCAGAAGACACUUGAGGAAGGUUCAUUAUGGAGCAGUGCUGUGAGCUUUAAAUUCACAGCGUUUGUGCGUGCUGGCUUUUUUAUCAUUUUGCAUGUCGACUUUGGAUCAUUCAGCAAAAUCAUUACAUAACAAAAUUAAAUAGUUAAUGUCGUUCCAAACCCGUAAGACCUUCGUUCAUCUUCAGAACACAAAUUAAGAUAUUUUUGAUGAAAUCUGAGAGCUUUCUGACCCUGCAUAGACAGCAAGGGUCUUACUACAUUUAAGGUCCAGAAAGAUACCAAGAACACUGACAAAAUAGUCAGUUUGACGUCAGUGGUUUAACCGUUAAUGUUGUGAAGCUACGAGAAUUAAGUAAUUUUUUUUUUUUUUUUUAAAGCUUUCUCAUGAAGAGCAUUCUCAUAGCUUCACAA